AAACUCUGUCCAGAAAGAGCAGAAGCUUCCCCUGGUGGUGUAUUUUCAUGGGGGAGCCUUUCCCAUAGCGACUGUGGCUGAGCCUAAGUACCACACCAGCCUCAACAUGCUACUGGCAGAGGCUAAUGUUGUGGUUCCUUCUGUGGAUUAUCGGCUAGCCCCUGAACACCCUCUUCCAGCAGCGUAUGAGGACUCUUGGGCUUCACGUCAGUGGGUGGCUUCCCAUAUCGUGGGAGACAACGAAGGCCAGGAGGAUUGGCCCAAAGAUUAUGUGGAUUUUGAGUAGGUGUUUCUGGCUGGUGACAGUGCUGGUGCUAAUAUUGCACUCAACGCGGCUUUGAAGAUCAAGUAUUCGGAUCUGGGCCUGAAGAUUCUGGGUAUUGGUAUGAUCCAUCCUACUUUUGGGGGGACAAAUCCCAUUGGAUCCGAGAUUACCGAUUCAUUCAGAAAGGGGUUGGUGGAUAACUGGUGGUUGUUUGUAUGUCCUUCCGACAAGGGGUGUAAUGACCUGCUCAUCAACCCGUUUGUGGAUGGAGUACCUGAUCUUGCCGGCUUUGCAUGUGACA